AGCCCUCGCGCGCAGUCUCGAGGAGGAGAGCAUAUAUCUUACUGCACCUUUCCCACUCCCCCCCCCCUUCCUCUACCUCCUCCCGGGAGAGAACACCUUGGAGGUGAGCCUGGACCUUUUCAUUUCCUCGGAGCGGGUUCCUCCCGAGCUACCUUUCCCGCCGCCAGGCUCCCUUUUAGUCGGCUUUUCGACUCACCUCCGCCGGUAAGGAAGGAAGGAAGGAAGGAGGGAGGCGGAGGGAUCGAUGAGUCGCGAGCCGCCGCGGCACCAAAAGGAUGCUAGUGAGGUGGCGGAAGAGUGAUGACCAGGCACACACACACACACACACACACACACACACAUGCACACACACACCAUUCUUCAAAUCUUGCCCCCGCUAAGUAAGACGGGGAGGGGAGAGAAUCCUGCAAUGACGAUGUCAUUUCUCUCUGUUAGCGGUGUGUGAGCCGUACAAAACGCACGCGCCGAGCUCCGUGGGGAGUUUUCCUGCGUGGGGCGGGGGGGAGCAGGCCCCUAUCUGGGCCACGAAGAUGGAGUUCACGUCCGUUUGGGCGCACGUGUAAAGAUGGCGCGGUCGUCGGAAUGAAGGACUGAGCGGAGGGUGAAAGAAGGAUCCCAAGCGUCACCUCGUUAGGAACGCAGGGUGCACCUGAGACCCGUCCCUACAAAGUGCCGUCACCAUGAGCGCUGUAGAGCACGCUUCCCAGCUCUAGCCUCCCCCCCCCCCCCCUUCUGCCAGUGUGUGUGAGUGCGAGCGUGCGCGCAUGAGUGUGAUGGCGAUGUGCGUCUGGGCGGCGGCCCCUCUGCUCUUCCUGGGCCUGUGCCUGUGCAGCGUGGGGGGCCAGGCCCAAGGCGAGGUGCUGGAGUUCGGCGCCGUGUCCAACCAGUGGGGCCGCUUCCCGGUGUGGAACGCCUGCUGCGAGAGCGUGCUGAGCUUCAGCCUGCGGACGCACAGCCAGGAGGGCCUGCUGGUCUACCUGGACGACGAGGGCUUCUGCGACUUCCUGGAGCUGCUGCUCCUGCGCGGCCACCUGCGCCUGCGCUUCUCCAUCUUCUGCGCCGAGCCCGCCGAGCUGCAGUCGGGCGUGGCGGUGAGCGACGGGCGCUGGCACGCCGUGCGCGUCAAGCGGGACUGGAAGAACACCUCGCUGGAGGUGGACGGGCGGCUGGAGGGCUGGGCGGAGGUGAAGAGCAAGAGGAGAGACAUGACGGUGUUCAGCCACACCUACGUGGGCGGAGUGACGUCGGAGCUCCACUCGUCGCCCCUGCGCCUCACCUCGCCGUCGGUACGAGAGCACCCCGCCUUCCGUGGCUGGAUCACGGCGGUGAGCAUCAACGGCUCGUUGGUGGCGCUGGACAACUCCGAGGGCGUCACGGUUACGGCCGGCUGCGGGCCGGACCACCAGUGCCAAAACGGCGGCGUGUGCAGCUUGGUCAACGACCUGGCCGUCUGCGACUGCUCCGACACCGGUUACCAAGGCAACGACUGCAGUGAAGAGCACAGCUACACGCCAGGUCUGGCACACCUGAUGAUUGGCGACCAAGCCCGCGAGGAGUACGUCGCCACCUUCAAGGGCUCCGAGUACUUCUGCUACGACCUGUCGCCCAACCCCAUCCAGUCCAGCAGCGACGAGAUCACGCUGUCCUUCAAGACGCUGCAGCGCAACGGCCUGAUGCUGCACACGGGCAAGUCGGCCGACUACGUCAACCUGGCGCUGAAGAACGGCGCCGUGUCGCUCGUCAUCAACCUGGGCAGCGGGGCCUUCGAGGCCCUGGUGGAGCCCGUCAACGGCAAGUUCAACGACAACGCCUGGCAUGACGUCAAGGUCACCCGCAACCUGAGACAGCACUCAGGCAUUGGACACGCUAUGGUGACCAUAUCCGUGGACGGCAUCCUGACCACAACGGGCUACACCCAGGAGGACUACACCAUGCUGGGCUCUGACGACUUCUUCUACGUGGGAGGGAGCCCCAGCACGGCCGACCUGCCCGGGUCCCCAGUCAGCAACAACUUCAUGGGCUGUUUAAAAGAGGUGGUGUACAAAAAUAAUGAUGUGCGGCUGGAGCUGUCGAGACUCGCUAAACAGGGAGACCCCAAGAUGAAGGUUAGCGGCGUGGUAUCUUUUAAGUGCGAGAGCGUGGCCACGCUGGAUCCCGUGACCUUUGACACACCGGAGUCCUUCGUGGCGCUCAGCAAGUGGACGGCGAAGAAAGCCGGGUCCAUUUCCUUCGACUUCAGGACCACCGAGCCCAACGGCUUGAUGCUCUUCAGCCACGGGAAGUCCAGACAGGUUCAGCGCAAGGACCCCCGCACACCGCCCACUGUCAAGGUUUUUUUCCCCCCUCUUUUCCAGGUGGACUUCUUUGCCAUUGAGAUGCUGGACGGUCACCUGUACCUGCUGCUGGACAUGGGCUCAGGGACCACAAAGACCAGGGCCAUCGACAAGAAGGUCAAUGACGGAGAGUGGUACCACGUGGACUUUCAGAGGGACGGACGCUCAGGGACUAUCUCGGUGAACAGCGUGCGGACGGCGUACACGGCGCCGGGCGAUAGCGAGAUCUUGGACCUGGACGAGACGCUGUACCUCGGUGGACUUCCUGAGGACCGCGCCGGACUCAUCUUCCCAACAGAGGUGUGGACGGCCCUGCUGAACUACGGCUACGUGGGCUGCAUCCGGGACCUGUUCGUGGACGGCCAGAGCAAAGACAUCAGGCGGCUCGCAGAGGCCCAAAGGGCGGUGGGGGUGAAGCCGUCGUGCUCCAGGGAGCCCCCCAAGCAGUGCCUGUCCAACCCCUGCCAGCACAACGGCCUCUGCAGGGAGGGCUGGAACCGCUACGUCUGCGACUGCUCGGGAACAGGAUACCUGGGACGCUCCUGCGAGAGAGACGCCACCAUCCUGUCGUACGACGGCAGCAAGUUCAUGAAGGUGCAGCUGCCCAUGGCCAUGCACACGGAGGCGGAGGACGUCUCGCUGCGCUUUCGCUCCCAGCGGGCCUACGGCGUCCUCAUGGCGACCACGUCCCGCAACUCGGCGGACACCCUCCGCCUGGAGCUGGACGGAGGCCGAGUGCGGCUCACCGUCAACCUAGACUGUAUCAGGAUAAACUGUACAGCCAGUAAAGGCCCAGAGACCAUCUUUGCGGGUUCAGGUCUCAAUGAUAAUGAGUGGCACACGGUGAGGGUAGUCCGGCGCGGCAAGAGCCUCAAGCUCACCGUGGACGACCUGCAGCCUGUUGAAGGUCAAAUGGCGGGCGACCACACACAGCUGGAGUUCCACAAUGUGGAGACGGGCAUCGUGACAGAGAAGCGCUUCAUGCCGGCCGUGCCCUCCAACUUCAUCGGGCACCUGCAGGGUCUGGCGCUGAACGGCAUGCCGUACAUCGACCUGUGCAAGAACGGCGACAUCGACUACUGCGAGCUCAACGCCGUCAUCGGCUACAAGAGCAUCGUGGCCGACCCCGUCACCUUCCGCUCGCGCUCCAGCUUCGUCACGCUGCCCACGCUGCAGGCCUACUACUCCAUGCACCUCUUCAUGCAGUUCAAGACCACCUCGCCCGACGGACUCGUCCUCUUCAACCGAGGGGACGGCAAUGACUUCAUCGUGGUCGAGCUGGUUAAAGGCUACCUUCACUACAUCUCUGAUCUGGGCAAUGGAGCCCACCUAAUCAAGGGCAACUCCAACAGUCCCUUGAAUGACAAUCACUGGCACAACGUGCACAUUUCCCGAGACACCAACAACCUUCACACAGUCAAGAUCGACACCAAAGUCACCACGCAGACGACCAUGGGCGCCAAGAAUCUCGACUUGAAGGGUGACCUGUACAUUGGGGGCGUGUCCAAAGAGAUGUACAAAGACCUUCCGAAGCUGGUCCACUCCCGGGAGGGUUUCCAGGGUUGCUUAGCGACAGUGGAUCUCAACGGCCGGCUCCCUGACCUUUUGGCGGACGCCUUGGCAACCGUGGGACAAGUGGAGCGAGGAUGUGAAGUUACAUUGAUGAAAGCUGACUUGCAAGGUCCCAGCACCACCUGUCAAGAGGACUCCUGCUCCAAUCAGGGGGUUUGCUUGCAGCAGUGGGAGGGCUUCACGUGCGACUGCAGCAUGACGUCAUACGCAGGGCCUCUCUGUAACGAUGCUGGGACAACGUACAUCUUCGGGCGCGACGGUGGCACGGUGACCUACACUUGGCCCCCGAAUGAGCGUCCCAGCACCAGGGCGGACCGGCUCGCCCUGGGCUUCAGCACGCAGCAGAAGCACGCCAUUCUGCUGCGCGUGGACAGCGCGUCAGGCCUAGGAGACUACCUCCAGCUGCAGAUAGACAAAGGCAAUAUCAGAGUCGUGUUCAAUGUGGGCACGGACGACAUCAACAUCGAGGAGAGCUCCAAGUUCGUCAACGACGGGAAGUACCACAUCAUCCGUUUCACCCGCAGCGGGGGCAACGCCACCCUGCAGCUGGAUGACCUGCCCGUCAUCGAGCGCUACCCCUCAGGCAACAUUGAUAACGAGCGCCUGGCCAUCGCCAGACAGCGAAUCCCCUAUCGGCUCGGUCGAGUAGUUGACGAUUGGCUACUCGACAAAGGUCGCCAGCUGACCAUCUUCAACAGUCAGACCACGGUGCGCGUGGGCGGACGCGACCAAGGCGCCGCCAUGUUCCAGGGCCAGCUCUCGGGCCUCUACUACAACGGCCUGCGCAUCCUCAACAUGGCCGCCGAGGGCCACCCGCACAUAAGGGUGCACGGCAGCGCCCGUCUGGUGGGCGACAUGCCGUCGUCCUCCAUCACGCCGCAGUCCAGCGCCGCCGCUGGGGGCAACCGCUCUGACUCUGCCCCCUCCAUUAGCGACGUCACCACUACCACGGCCACCAACAGGAAACAGGGCGCCACCCAGCAGUCGGCCGACGACAUCCUGGUGGCGUCCGCCGAGUGCCCCAGCGACGAUGAGGACAUCGACCCCUGCGACCCCAGCUCAGCCCGUCCUCCCCUGCCGGAGGUGAAGGUCUUCCCCGGCCCGUCGGAGGUGGUCCGCGAGAGCAGCAGCACCACGGGCAUGGUGGUGGGCAUCGUGGCGGCGGCGGCGCUCUGCAUCCUCAUCCUGCUCUACGCCAUGUACAAGUACCGCAACCGCGACGAGGGCUCGUACCACGUGGACGAGAGCCGCAACUACAUCAGCAACUCGGCCGCGCAGCCCAACGGCAGCGCCAAGGACAAGCCGCUGGGCAUCACCAAGAUCUCCAAGAACAAGAAGAACAAAGACAAGGAGUACUACGUCUGAAGUGGCGAUGCACACACCUUUAUAUACUCCAACAAAAAGAAGAAAAAAAAAAAGGCUCUAUGUACAUAAAUAGGUAUAUUCUCAAAAGAGCACACACGGACGUUAAUGUUUACUCUCCAAUAAUCACACAUUCAUUCAAGCACACACAGACUGGCCAGAGAGGGACCCUUCUUGUACAAAAUCCACCAAUGAGAUGAAGCGCCUCUUUUUAUGAACCAUUUAGGAAGAAAGCGCCAAACGAAGAGCGGCCCGACACACUUGGAGCUUCACCCGGGGAAAAAAGUCAGUGUGAAUUUACUCUUACUGACGACUCUUUACGUCAAGCACACGUCACGCACUGGAGGGCGUGUAGCCGGGGGGUCCCAAAACCACAACAAAGACGAGACGAGCAGCCCUGAAGUGUCUUUUCCUCUCCCAGCUUCUAUUGGCCUUCCAGUUAGCGGACGGGACUCUCGAGGAAGGAUUGAAAACAAGAAACAAGCACAGGACGGGGACGGGAAAUCAGGGUGGAGUGGGCGGGGCCUCGAUGUCGUUUUUUUUUUUUUUUUUAUCUUUACCUGGAACGGAUACCGGAGACUUGAGAUGCUACCUACAGACACUAAGCCACACGGUCUUGAUGGGCGGGACUCGGCCGUCAGUUUCUCAUUGCACGUGAAUCGUGAUUUAUACGCCCACGGGCCGUGUUAGAUUCCGCACUCUAUUGGAAUCGGAAUGGCAUGCCAGGGCGCGGGCGGGCGGAGUCGCGCCGGUUUUAGUCGCGGGAGAUCCGAGCGAGGCUAAAAUGAAAAGAGGACUUUUUAGGAGGUGAACAGGUGUUUGGUUUUUCUACACAUAUAGGACAUAAGGGUGCCAUAACGUCGGCCAGCCCCGCUCCAGUUCUUCCACGCGACGUACGUCUGAUGCAUGCUGGCAGGACAAACAAAAAAAAAGAAAAAAAAUGGUGUGAGAUGAUAGCGUCCAAAUGAUCCCCCUCCAUCUUGACUUUUAUGAUGUUUCUCAAUCUCUGUCGUCGUUUUCCUUUUCCUCUUCCUCCUCUCUCUCUCUCUCUCUUUCUCGCUCCGUUUGUGUUGCCGUCCCACGGCGGCGGCGCUUCUCCACAUCUACUCGGUGUUCAUUGACCAUCUUAUUAUUUUCUAUAUGUACAAUUUUUCUACAGUAUUUACUUUUAUUUUUAUUGUUACGGUUCUUUGAUGAACAUAAAGUGGAAAUUUAUUAUGAAAAAUAGUUUUGAAGAUUAACGAGUAAAUAAACUAUUACCCAAGUC